AUGGUGCUGGAAGCUCGUUCGUCGCUGGUGGCGCUCAAAGACCUAGUGAACCGGCUGGGUUCGGAGCAGGCCUGCACCGAACAUUACUUCCCCAUGCAGGGCGCCGGCACUGACCUCCGUUCCUCCUACCUGCUGAAUACUAAGAUUGCUAACGUUGAGGACGCGGACUACGUGCUUCUGAUCGGCACGAACGUGCGCUUCGAGGCUCCGCUGCUCAACGCGCGUAUCCGCAAGGCAUUCAUCCACAAGGAGGCCGAUGUGGCGCUCAUUGGCCCACAGGUCGACCUCACUUACGACUACACGUACGUCGGCGACUCGGCGUCCAUAGUCAAGGAGCUAGCCACCGGCACGUCUUCGCACGAGGUCCUCAAGCGCCUGCAGCAGGCCAAGCGUCCCGUGGUGAUCCUGGGCGCCGACCAGCUGGCUGGAGACGAGGGAGCGGCGCUGCUGGCGCACACGCAGGAACUCGCGCUCCGGCUGCAGGACCAGCUGCAGGAUAAGGACUGGAAGGUUCUGAACGUCCUCCAACGCACGGCUUCUCAAGUAGCCGCCUUGGACAUCGGCUACAAACCAGGCGUAGGCGCGGCGCUGGCGGCCGGGCCCAAGGUCGUGUACUUGCUGGGCGCAGACAGCGGCGCCGUCACCAGGGAGGCCUUGCCCGAGGACGUCACCGUCAUCUACCAGGGCCACCACGGCGACGCGGGCGCGUCAAUAGCUGAUAUCGUGCUGCCGGGCGCGGCCUACACCGAGAAGCGCGCCACCUACGUCAACGCAGAGGGCCGCGCACAGCAGGCGCUUGUGUGUGUGACCCCGCCAGGCAAGGCGCGCGAGGACUGGAAGAUUAUACGAGCUCUAUCCGAAGUGGUUGGUGCUGGUCUACCUUACGACACGCUGGACGAGGUGCGCGACCGCCUGAGCCAGGUCAGCCCGGCGCUCGUAGCCUACGGCGACGUGCAGCCCAACAACUACUUCGCACAGGCGCGGGCUCUCGCACAGAGCCUCCAGAAGCCCGUGUCCGGCAAGCUGACUGUCCAGCUGAAGGAGUUAGAAGACUUCUUCAUGACGGACGCCAUCAGCCGCGCCUCGCCCACUAUGGCCAAGUGCGUGGCCGCCGUACGCAAGCAGAAGACCUCGCCCUACUAAGCGGAUAGUUGGGGACCACGCCUACUCAUUCGUAUGACCGGGAUCGUAAAUUCACAAUACUGUAAUGCUGGUGGAUUUUUUUAAGAAGACAGAUUGUAGUCGUUGGCACGUUAGCGAAAUGGACUAGCCUCGAUUGGUUAUGAACUUUAUAUUAAAAAUCGUAAAGUUCAAAAUCCGUUGGGAGGGUAUUUAUUUUUGUGCUGGUUUGAGAAACGAGUUAAAUUCAGUUGUUUGCUACUGUUGCAACUGGUAUACGAGAUUUCAGUGUUGCUCUCAGUUUGCAUGAUGUCACAGAUGCGUGACGAUGUGCAUAGUCUAAACUUUUUCUUAUUCUCUGCAUUAUGACCAGUGAAAGUCACAAAAGCGUUUCAUAAUUUGUUAAAGAACAUUGCGAUUAUAUCACCGCUUGCGUAAAUUAGAUGCCUUCAAAUCUCGGUCAGUGACGGUAAAUUGAUUCAAUAACAGUUGGCAUGGUCCCCGUAGGUUGCACGUCACCAGCAACGGUGCUUGAUGUUAUGUUGAAUUGGGUACACGAAUGCUGUAGCAGCAAUAAUGUAUUUAACUCAAUAUAAUAAUACUGUAAUGCAAAAAAUCUACCUAAAAGUUACAGUAUUCGUGUCUCCAAAUUCUAAAAGAUUAUCUUAAGUAAUUCCUGGUUACUUUUGUUUGAGUGCCAUCAAAUACUUAUAUUUUAUUCGAAAAAUGCUUACGUAAUUUAUUCCACAACACUGUAUUUUGUGGCACUCAAACAACUGUGGGCAUUUUUAGGUAAUUAUUAAAAUUCUAUUACGCCUUUCUGCAAUCAUUUUUACGAAGAAAAUACUACAGAAAUGCACUUCGUACAGUCUUUUGGAUGACAUCUGACUGUACUGUACAUUGUGAUCAAGUAUUUAUUUUGUUAUUUAAUAAUAAGCGUAAUGUUGCAAACUUUCCGAUAUUAAAUUAAUCAAAUGAUGAUAAUAAUAAUGUAGAAAUGGGACGCAGCCGGAACGUAAGAGAAAGGAAUUUUGGUUGUAAGGACAAAGUUUUGUAUAUAGUAAACGUUUG